UGGAUGGUUCAUAUAAUAGUACAAAACACAAAGUACAGUUCCCUCAAGAGCUCAACAUGGGAAAAAUCAGUGCUGAAAUCAUGUGGACUUUGUUUGCCCAGGACAUGAAAUAUGCUCUGGAAGAACAUGAAAAGCAGCGGUUAUGCAAAAGCACAGAUUAUAUGAAUUUGCACUUCAAAGUUAAAUGGUUUUAUAAUGAAUAUGUGCGAGAACUCUCUGCUUUCAAGGAUGCAGUGCCUGAAUACUCUCUGUGGUUUGAACCAUUUGUCAUUCAGUGGCUGGAUGAAAAUGAGGAUGUCUCAAUGGAAUUUCUUCAUGGAGCACUAGAAAGAGACAAAAAAGAUGGGUUUCAGCAAACAUCAGAUCAUGCCCUCUUCUCUUGUUCUGUGGUUGAUGUCUUCACACAGCUCAAUCAAAGCUUUGAGAUUAUCAGGAAACUGGAGUGUCCUAAUCCAGAAGCACUAUCUCAUUUAAUGAGAAGAUUUGCAAAGACUAUCAACAAAGUACUUCUUCAGUAUGCUGCAAUUAUUUCAAACUACUUCAGCUCAUAUUGUGAUAAAGACAAUGUG